AUGCGGAUGAUGCCGAACGGCUGCGCCGCGAGCGUGCAACCGGGACCGGCCAGGGUUGCCACGAUCCCUGGGAGGCCAUUCGCUGCUGGAAGGAUGGUGGAGGAGCCGUCCCGGCCCGUAGGUCAGGUGUCGCGCUGUCGCGCGCGGCACGUAUACAUAUUGCGCCGCGCACCCACUCCCCACCGAACCACAGCACCACAUCGCCACCAACCCCCACCUAAACCUCCCCUGCAUCUCGCCCCUCUCCGCCGCCGCCGCCGAGAGACACCGAGCUUCUCUCCCCGCUCAAUCGCCAUGGCCGCCCCCACGGCCUUCACCGCCGCGAGGUUCCUCUCGUCCGCCCACCUCGACUCCUCCGGCCGCUUCGCCCCGCUCCGGGCCGCCCCCACCGCCAACCUCGCCUUCUCCCCGCUGCCCGCCUCCUCCUCCUCCGCGCUCCUCGCCCUCCGCUCCGCCUCCCCCUCUCCGUCCGGGCCGGGAGGGAGGCUGCCGCCGCCCCCGCCCCCGCGCUCCUACGGCGGCGGCGGCGGCGGAUCUGGCGACGCGGCGGAUUCCGGGAGCUCCGGAGGCGACGGCGGCCGCGCAGGCAUCCUCGGCAUGUUCUUCGCCGGGUGGGCGGCCCGCGUGGCCGCGGAUCCCCAGUUCCCGUUCAAGGUGCUCAUGGAGGAGCUGGUCGGCGUCACCGCCUGCGUGCUCGGCGACAUGUCCUCCCGCCCCAACUUCGGCCUCAACGAGCUCGACUUCGUCUUCUCCACCCUCGUCGUCGGAUCCAUCCUCAACUUCGUGCUCAUGUACAUGCUCGCCCCCACCGCCGGGGUCUCCGCCGCCGUCUCCUCCCUCCCCAGCCACAUGUUCGAGCCGGGCGCCUACUCCCUCGGCUCCCGCUUCGCGACCCUCGUGUCCAAGGGCACCACGUUCGCGGCGGUGGGCUUCGGCGCCGGGCUCAUGGGCACCGCCAUCUCCAACGGCCUCAUCGCCAUGAGGAAGCGCAUGGACCCGGCCUUCGAGACACCCAACAAGCCGCCGCCCACGCUGCUCAACGCCGGCACCUGGGCGCUCCACAUGGGGGUCAGCAGCAAUCUGCGGUACCAGAGCCUGAAUGGGAUCGAGUUCCUUCUUGGCAAUGUCAUGCCGGCUCCGGUCUUCAAGGUGUCCGUCAUUGCUCUCAGGUGCAUCAACAACGUGCUUGGUGGGAUGUCCUUUGUGAUGCUCGCAAGGCUCACGGGUGCACAGAAAUCAGAUAAGCCGGCAGCUUCUGUUCCAGAGGCCAAGGAGAGAUUGAUAGCAGAGGGCGAUGUCAUUGCUGCUAAUGUUAGCACUGAGGGCAAGUGAUUUCGAUAUAGGAGAGGGUAAGUAUGUCAGGGGCAUGCCGUGCAUGGCCCAAAGCCUCAUUUGCUGAAUCUUGGACACAGCCAAGAAAUUUGUAGAAUAUGAUGAGUGGGUUGAUUGGUAAUAAUGAGUGAGGCUUGAUACAUUUUAUUCGGUUGGUUUGUGGUGAUCUUGGUGUUAUGAGGUGACAUGCUUAGUCGAUAUUAGAAUAAAGCGUUUAUCAUUA